AUGUUUCUUGUACUUAAUGAACUCAAGAAUGUAGGUGAAGACAGACUCGCAAACUUCAACGCUUUGAAAUCAAUUAUUACGGAUAAUGAGAUAAGAAUUAAUGAAAAGAAUCAACCCAGAAGAACAGCACAGAACGUUGCAAACUUCAUUUUCGUAACUAAUAACGUUUACCCUGUCAAAAUUGAAGUUGGAGACAGAAGAUAUGUAGUUUUAAGGGUUAAUGGUAAAUUUAAGGGUCAAUUUGAUUACUUCAAGAAUUUAAUGGAUUCAUGCACAAAGGAAUUUUAUGAUAAUUUACUAACAUAUUUUAUCAAUUACGACCUUUCAUCAUUUAAUGUACGAAUUAUACCGAUGACUGAAGCCAAACAAGAUUUAAUAGAAUUAUCAACAAAUCCUUUAGAUGAAUGGAUAAAUACACAUUAUGAUGAAUUGUGUGCAGGUAUGACGUGUAAAAAUGCUCUAUUCUGCAAACCAUCAGACAUGAAAGACAAAAAUUUCCAAAUGAGCAUUAAGGAUAAAUGUGAUAGGAAACAUAGAAGAAUAGAUGGUAAACAGACAUGGUAUUAUGUUUUGAAAGAAGAAAUGAAAGGAUUAUAUAAACAAAUUGAACCAAACAAUAAUGAGGAUUCAUUUACUGACGAUGAAAUACCUGUAAAUGAGGCAGUAUAA